GAAGAAGCAAUGAGAAUAUUCUCUCUGUGUGAUAGUCAUCCCAAUCUCAUUAAGCUCUGCGUUCCUUCCCGCUGUCCUCUCUGCAGCUUGAGUGAGUUAAUGUGUAUGCGUGCUGUAGCCAGAGGGAAGCUGCUGCUCUGCUGACAGGAGCCAGUACGAAGGCCUGUUCUUACACACACUGUGAAUUACUCUGCGACUCUUCUCUCUCCUUUUAUUCCUCCUUCUCUCGCUUUACUGCGCUCCUCGACCUCACUGUACCAGAUGAAAAUGUCAGGAGAGGCAGAAUCUCUGUCAAACGGGUUGCAUAACCAGAAAAACAGGGAAGGUUUGGAAAUAUUAGACAGGUCGGAGAGAUCUGACCUGUCAGUGGCUCUUCAAGACUGCAUGGAGGCACUGGAUCUGUUCCUGAGAAAUGAAUUUGAUGAGGCUCUGACCAGACUUAGAAGCAGGAAUAAAGAAAGCAUGUACCACGCGCUUACAUAUGCCACUAUACUGGAAAUGCAGGCCAUGAUGACCUUCGAACCGGAGGACAUCUUGACUGCAGGAAACACAAUGAAAGAGGCACAGGCUGUGUGUCAACGAUACCGUAAGAAAUCUUCCUUCAACAGCAAAAACUUCACAGAAGAGGAGCUCCAUGCUGAAGUGUGCUAUGCCGAAUGCCUCCUCCAGAGGGCGGCGCUCACUUUCCUUCAGGAUGAAAAUAUGAUCAGCUUCAUAAAGGGAGGAAUGAAAGUGAGGAACAGCUAUCAAAUAUACAAGGAGCUACAUACAGUCCUGAAGUCCCCAGGCUAUGUUCACGCUGACAAUCAUGGUCAUUUUGAGGGAGGCGUUAAGCUUGGGGUCGGGGCCUUUAACCUGAUGCUGUCGUUGUUGCCAACACGGACUCUCAGGUUGUUGGAAUUUGUGGGCUUCUCUGGUAACAAAGAGUUUGGUCUUCAGCAGCUCCUGGAGGGCUCCGCUGAGCACACGUUUAGGUCUUUCCUGUGUAACAUGUUGUUGCUUUGCUACCACACCUUCAUGAGCUUCAUUCUGGGCACUGGAGAGGGAGAUGUGGUAGAUGCAGAAAAACUGCUACAGCCUUAUCUUAUAAAGUAUCCAAAGGGAUCCAUUUUCCUGUUCUUCGCUGGUCGAAUUGAGGAAAUUAAAGGAAAUCUGGAUGCUGCUAUUAAGCGUUUCGAGGAGUGCUGUGAAGCUCAGCAGAACUGGAAGCAGUUCCAUCACAUGUGUUAUUGGGAACUGAUGUGGUGUUUCACUUAUAAGAGGCACUGGAAGAUGGCCUACUUCUACGCAGACCUGCUCAGCAAAGAGAACACCUGGUCUAAGGCCACAUAUGCAUAUAUGAAAGGUGCUUACCUCAGCAUGCUGAGUCGUGAGGAAUGCCAACCGUUCGCGGAGAAUGAGGUGGCUUUGUUUAGGCAAGUUCCCAGUCUGAAGCAGAAAAUAGCAGGGAAGUCAUUGCCCACAGAGAAGUUUGCCAUCAGAAAAGCUCGACGCUAUAAUACAGAUAACGCCAUUCCUCUUCCUGCACCUCCAUUGGAGAUGAUGUAUAUCUGGAAUGGCUACACUGUGAUUGGGAAGCACAAGGACCUGACUGAGGGCAUGCUGAAGACCCUGGACGAGGCUCAGCAGAUGCUUGAGCAAUAUCCAAGGUCUGAGUUCACCACAGAUGACCAGUGUGUGGUUAGUCUGCUUAAGGGGCUCUGUCUCAAACACUUGGGUUACAAGGAGGAAGCUGAACAAUACUUCACCCUCAUCCUCUGCAAUGAGAGUCUGAUUAAAUAUGACCACUACCUGGUGCCCAAUGCUCUUCUGGAACAUGGUUUGCUGUGUUUGGAGGAGGGCAGAACAGAGGAGGCCAUCAAACUUCUGGAGACAGCCAAGCAAAAUUACAAGAACUAUUCCAUGGAAUCACGGACACACUUCCGGAUCCAGGCAGCACUACAUAAGGCCCGAGGCACAGCUGUGAAUGGAGACUGCUCACCCUCCAGCCCUUAACUGUUGAGGUCACCCCAGGGGUCAUAGAAAGCCAAAAUCAGGCUUGAUGUGGGUUGCCAAAUGCCAAGAGGAGAACUAAAAGAGCACAUGACCAAUCAGACCCAAUCAGAGUUUAUAGUGACAACAAAUCAGCUUCAUUUAAUGACGCACACAAUUUAAGGACAACAGCUGCAUGAAUAUGUUUUGUGAGGCAGUGCAGUUCAGUCAAGAGACAGGAAUGACAUCAUGCUUUUAUGAUGUCAUAUAAAUAACAUUGUGCUAGUAUUUUAAAUGUACCAUUAAUAAUAAUAAUAAUGAUAAUAUUAAUAUAAUACAAGAUAUACAAGUUAUGCCAGUCCAAUAGG